UGCAUUCAGAUGGUUAAUGAAUCCAGUGUUUUUGCAGUUGCAAGCUCGUGCAUUCACUGGGCAAAAGCUGGCUGCAGGUUGCAGUGGCACCUCACAGGACAGACAUUAAUUAUAUUUCCCACUUUUUUCAAUAAUGUUUGGCUACUCGGUUCAGCGAGGAAGAAUGCCUCCAACCCAACCCAAUCCAGGCCAGUACGCACUCACCAACGGGGACCCCCUCAACGGCCACUGCUACCUGUCCGGCUACAUCUCGCUGCUGCUGCGCGCGGAACCCUACCCCACGUCGCGCUACGGCAGCCAAUGCAUGCAGCCCAACAACAUCAUGGGCAUCGAGAACAUCUGCGAGCUGGCCGCGCGCCUGCUCUUCAGCGCCGUCGAGUGGGCCCGAAACAUCCCCUUCUUCCCGGAUCUGCAGAUCACCGACCAAGUGUCCCUGCUGCGCCUCACCUGGAGCGAGCUGUUCGUGCUCAACGCGGCCCAGUGCUCCAUGCCGCUGCACGUGGCGCCGCUGCUGGCCGCCGCGGGCCUGCACGCCUCGCCCAUGUCCGCCGACCGCGUCGUGGCCUUCAUGGACCACAUCCGCAUCUUCCAGGAGCAGGUGGAGAAGCUCAAGGCGCUGCACGUCGACUCGGCCGAGUACAGCUGCCUCAAAGCCAUCGUGCUGUUCACGUCAGAUGCGUGCGGCCUGUCGGAUGCCGCCCACAUCGAGAGCCUGCAGGAGAAGUCCCAGUGCGCACUGGAGGAGUAUGUGAGGAGCCAGUACCCUAACCAGCCCAGCCGCUUCGGCAAACUCCUACUGCGACUGCCCUCUCUGCGUACCGUGUCCUCCUCGGUCAUCGAGCAGCUCUUCUUCGUCCGUUUGGUAGGUAAAACCCCCAUCGAAACUCUCAUCCGGGAUAUGUUACUGUCUGGGAGCAGCUUCAACUGGCCUUACAUGUCCAUCCAGUGCUCCUAGACCUUGGGCGCUUCCUACCUGCCCCCAUCCCCCUAGAGACUCAGAGGACCGGCGGGGGCCAUGGACUCCAAAGCUGCGGGGACAUCAGGCGACUGUUGUGGGGUGCAGCCGGGCAGGGGGGAGGUGGGCCGGGCCGACAGGAGCAGCCCACCCUGCAGAAAUGCAACCCGAGCUGCAAACCAGGAGAAAAAGAGACUCUCUUUAGGAUCAGAUCUGUGAACAUGUUGGAAAGGAAAGAAAAAGGACCUUGUGUCUGGUGAGAAAAGGAAAAAAAAAAAAAUUGGAAGAGAGGACCAUGAGAAUUUUAAUAAAACAGAAGGAGACUAAUGGACCUUCCAGGAUUUAUUGUGGACGGAUGUGGAUAUAUUCUGUACAGAAAACAACACACAUGGAAGUGGACUGAAUUCUAUGUAGAAACACACACACACACACACACACACCCCAAACAUUGUUAUUCAUUUUGUAAAAUACUAGUCUUUAUUUUCAUUUUUUUGUAAAAUUUAAACAUCGUAUGCACAUAAAAAAGGAAACAAGAAUUAGGGGAAAAUAACAUUUUCCAAAUAAUUAUAAAAAAAUUGUCCUGUGUCUAUGUAUCUAUAUCUGUUUUGUAUUUUUUUCUGGUUCCAAACCAGAUUUCCUGUGAUUCUAUACUAAUAAUUUUUGAUAUAACCCUUUGCUUCUUAUAAUGAGUGCGAUAUAUGUUGUCGAGGCUGUUCUUCAAGAAUUAAAAUUGAAGUGAAAAUUUAAACAAAAAAUAAAAGAAUUUAGCAAAA